AAGUCAAACAUUUGAAAAAUUUUGUAUGUUGUUUACUACUCUUGGUUAAAAAUAACUGUUAUACACAAGCAUAGUUUUUUUUUGUGAAAAGUAACCAGAGAAUCAAUGUUUACUUUGCUUAGCAACGCGUUUGUUUAUAUGUACCUUAUUCUAUCUUUGAAAAUAAAAUUAAAAAAUAUACUUAUAUUUAUAUUUAGCAUAAAAUUUAUGGAGAAAAAAUAAACAACAUAUAAAACUACUAAAUACAAAAAGAGAAAAUGACAGAGGGCGAUAAUUCCAAUGCACUUUACGAUAUCAUACGGAAGGAACUGAAUUCAAUUAUUAAUGAAAAUAGUGCUUCACAACCAGAUGAUUCUAAAAAGGCUAUAAAAUUGGAUGGCAAUGAUGGCACACAUUCACAGCUACAGAAGUCCGCGGAGGCUGCGGAUGAUGGUGAUAUCAUCACGAAGACACCAACUCCGGUGGAACAUUUGUCAACUAUGCUUUCUAGCAAAAUUUUGCAGCUACCUUCCAAUGAAUCUCAAAGUGCAAUUAUUGACACCGACCUACAAAAGAUGCGUUACGAUUUACAACAAAGUUACGAGCUUUUUCAGACUAUGGGCGAACGAUUCCAAGCUAUCAAUUUUAGUUCACUCAAAAAUCGCAUUAAAGAUAUGAAUCUUAGUAAACAAGAUCGUACAGCAAAGUUAAACGAAGAAAUGAAGGAUAUAUUAGAAAAACAUUACAAUAAUAAUUCACUAAAUAGUUUGACAGCUGAAAUGGGUGAAAAAUUCCAAAAUCAUCCUGGCGAAUUCGGAAAUAUACCGGAAUUGAGUGAAUUUUUCCAAACUUGCUCGCAGUUACAACAUGGUUUAGAGCAACUAAAGCGUCAACGUAAUUCCAUUAGUGAAAUGACAAAACGCCUUUCCAAUGCUACAGAAGCCUCAUAUACACGUAUAGAUCAUAUUUAUAACAUAAUGAAAUCUACACAUUCAGGACAGAGCCGAAACCUCACAGAAUAUCAACAAAUUACCUAGUUUAGAUCUGGCUUGCUUCCAAAUAUUUUGGUAUAUGUUUAGUUCAAAAAUUCUAGUUGAUCUAAACCGAUUAUUUUUUUAAGGUUUGAAGAAGUACCACAUACAUAGAUUGAAGAAAUAUGUUUGCACUCUGACUUUUAUAUAUGUAUGUAAAUGUAUGUACAUACUUUGCUGGAAUACUUUCACAUGCCCCAUGCAUUGUUUAACUUAUCAGAUACACGUUAAAAGAACUUUUGUCAUAUUUAUGUAUGUUUCCGAAUAAUCAAGAUGAAGCUGACUCAUCUUCUUAGCAAUUAGACAUGUAUCUAUAAAACUGAUAAUUUUACUGAUACCAUGAUAGCAUACGACAAUAAAAAAUAUUUGCUCAAUGUUUACCUAA